AUGGCUUCCCACUUCACCUUCUUAUUACUACUCCUACCAUUCCUAUCUUCCCUAUCAUCCGCCACCACAACCAUAACCCUCGACCUCAUCCACCGAGACUCCCCACUCUCCCCACUCUACAACCCAAACCACACCGCCUCCGACCGCCUCCACGCCGCCUUCCUCCGCUCCAUCUCCCGCCGCAACCACCGCCUCUGCCGCCACACCCCUCGCACCACCACCAACUCCGACUCAUCCCACUUCCACACCAACAUCCUCCCCAGCGGCGGCGAGUACUUCAUGAACCUCUCCAUCGGCACCCCGCCCUUCACCGUCCUCGCCAUCGCCGACACCGGCAGCGACCUCACCUGGGUCCAGUCCAAGCCCUGCUACCAAUGCUACCACCAAAAGGGCCCAAUCUUCGACCCGGCCCAAUCCUCCACGUUCCACCGGAUCCAGUGCGGGGCCCAACUCUGCAACUCCCUCGACGACGACUCCCGCUCCUGCUCCCAAGACGGCACCAACACCUGCGCCUACGCCUACUCCUACGGGGACCACUCCUACACCACGGGCUACCUCGCCACCGACACGUUCUCCCUGGGCCCCACUUCCAUCAGCCACGUCGGCUUCGGCUGCGGGAUGAGAAACGGCGGCACGUUCGACGAGUCCGGGUCCGGAAUCGUCGGGCUGGGAGGCGGGCCCAUCUCGUUCGUCAACCAGCUGGGGGCCCAAAUAGGAGGGAAGUUCUCCUACUGCUUGGUCCCUCUCCAGGAACAGUCCGGCGCCGUUUCGGCAACGAGCCGGAUCGUGUUCGGGGACGAUCCGUUGCUGCUGUCGUCAAACGACGUCGGAUUGGUGUCGACUCCCUUGGCGUCCAAGUCUCCCGCCACGUACUACUACCUGACGCUGGAAGCAAUCACGGUGGGGAGGCGGAAGAUGCGGUACGCGACGACGUCGUACGUGACUUCUGGUGGGUCCCGGUUUAAUGAUGGUGCUGACGUGGCGGGGAGGGAGAAGAAAGUGGAGGAAGGGAACAUAAUAAUUGACUCCGGGACCACGCUGACUUUUUUGGACUCGGAGUUCUACAGCGGGCUGGAGGCGGCGCUGGUGGAGGAGAUCCAGCUGGAGCGGGCAAGCGACCCGAAGAAUCUGUUCAGCCUGUGCUUUAAGAGCGGCGGUGAGGGAAAGGAGGUUAGGCUUCCGGUUCUGAAGGUGCAUUUCGGCGGCGGGGCUGACGUGGAGCUGAAGCCGGUGAAUACGUUCGUCAAGGCGGAGGAGGGGCUGUUGUGUUUCACGAUGGUGCCGACGAAGGAUGUGGGGAUAUUUGGGAACCUGGCGCAGAUGGAUUUCGUAGUCGGGUAUGAUCUGGAAAAGAGGACGGUUUCCUUCCUGCCUGCGGAUUGCUCCAAGCAUUAG